AUGUUUGCGCAGUUCAUGACCGCGGCAAAGGGGCUAUUUCACCGAUCGACGGAAUCCUCCAACGGAAAAAGCACACUUCCCCAAAAACUCGCCUGGGACAGCGUCGUUACUAGCGCCGCCGUCAAUACACCGAAGAAGAAGAUGGUCACAGCCACUAGACGGCGGAAAUUUACCGCCGCGUCGUCCGCGGAGCCUGAAGUCAAUGGAAAUGCAAAAACGACGAUCAACGGGAAGCGCAAGUCCGACUCCAACACCACCACCACCUCCUCCUCCAAGAUGCAGAAUAGCAGCAAACGGCGAAAGCGGGGCACCAGUCUAGAGGACGUGCGGGAAUCUGAGGACGACGAGAUGGCUACCGCCACAAUGACGACAACGACUACUGCUAGCAAUAAGAAGGCGAAGACGGUGGAGGAGGAGAAGGAUAGUGAUAGUGAGGUCCAGGAGGAGACACCAGUUGCUGCUGCGGCUGCUGCUCCCCCGGCUAUCAAGAAGAAACAUUUCCGAUUCGAUAGCGAAGAGCCAGAAGUGCCCGAGAUGGAGGAGGAGGAGGAGACUGCGGAGACGCCGCAGGGCUUGGAUGCGGACGAGGAGGAAGAUAGCAGUGACGAUGAGGCUCCCGAGGCCGUUGAUAACUCCGCGCAACUGUCCAAGAUCCGGAUAGAGGCGAAGAGACAGGAGAGGGCUAAGCAAAUAGAAGAGCAAUUGAAACGAGACAAGAGGAAACAACUCGACGAUCUACGCAAGCUCCAGGCGAAGUCGGCCAGCAAGAAACGAGAGGCUGAGGAUCAGCUCUCCGAAAGCACCGAGACCCUUCAGGGUACCACGACAGAAAGUGCCCGGAGGUCUGCGCUCCCCGCUCUGCUCCCGGACGAUAUCCUGAAUGCCGCCCCCGACGUUCGGCCCCCGACCCCUCCCGCAGAAGAAAUGGAGAUUGUGCGACCCAAGCCCACCAAGAUGAGGUUCCUGGACAAGAAGGAGAAGGCCCCGAAGGAUUUGCAGAUGGGCGACGUCACGAUCCGUGUAUUGGAUGGAGAUGUAUCACGGAAGAAGUCGAAGACUGCACUCCCCCCCAAGUCCUCGAAGAGCAGUCAGAACGCGAGACAAGCCUGGCUGAGUGCAGCUCGCAGUACGGCUAAGGUCAACGGGAUGAGAAGAACGGCUGGAGGUUCCUCGGGGUUUUCACCCACCAUGGUUUCCAUCACAGAAUCUUCUCCCCUCCUCCCCCAACAUCAGCCGCCUUCCUCCACUAAUACGUCACCGCGAGGAAACCGAGCCUCUCGGACGGUGACAUUCAACCCAUUGGCCACUGUCAGCACAUAUCACGACACUACCGCCGCAGACCCGACCUUUAGACCGCUUCAUUCCGGUUCUUACCCUGCAUCCAAUUCUCAGAACGCUGGCCCACCCCGACCGACCGGCUUGUCCGCCUUAAAUAGCAAGCUCCGCCGCCGCAAUAGCCAUGGAGCACCUUACAGCACCGCCGGUGCCCCAUUCGCGACAGCCCCCAAGGUCGGACCGCAGCGAACGACGAAGAACGCACAGAAGCUUAAAUUACUGCCCGAUCCCGUGACCGAAGAAGAACUUGCCGACGGCGACUUUCCGUCCGAUGUCUACUCGCAAAUCGCCCGCAUCAAAGAACCGACCGCCCGCAGUCACGCUGCAAGUCUGGGAAAGGCGGAUCGAGAGCGAUUGCCCCGCGUUACAGCCUACUGUACCGCCAAUUCGUAUCGUUUGGAGGGGGUGGUGCGGUUUCUCAAGUCCCGCGCAAAGACCCGCGGAGCCAACCCGAAGCUCUACGAUGAGUGCGUAUACUCGCCGUAUGACUACGACUACGAAGCAAAGCAGCGAGGCACAUGGAAUCUUCCGAGCAACGGGCUACAUUCACCGCAAUCCCAACCGCCGAUACGUCCUGCUGGAGAACGCCGGUACUCGGACAGUGUUGUGGAAGUGCAAGACAACACCAACGCCCGCCGGGAAGAUCUCAUCGACCUGAGGGAUUCGGAGUCGCACCGUCAACAAGAUGACCACGAAAGCGCCGUGGUCGAUUCCACCGCAUCGGCAUCCCAAAUAGAAGCAGCUCCUGAUUUCGACACCAAGGUCCACACCCCGGAGGUGUUCCUCUUCGACUACGGCACUGUGGUCAUCUGGGGCAUGUCCCCCGCGCACGAGUCACGAUUCUUAUCCGAUAUCUCCAAAUUCGCUACUUCCAUUCUCAGUCCCGAAGACACGCAGGUCGAGAACUUCAACUUCUAUUAUGCGCGCGAAUACCAAGCUCGGAUCUACAACGAUUUCAUCUCCCUCCGUGACCCGCGGAAUUACAUGAUCAAGCUCGCCAUCUCCCAUGCUCUCGCCCAGUCCGUCAAGACAUCCCUGUUCGAAGAUCUCGUCUCCGAGACCAUCUCCAACACCGCACCACUCCCGGCCCAGAUCGCCCAGACCGGCAGUGUGAAUCUCACCCGGCGCCAGAUCAAUAUGCAGGUCGGAGAGCUCUUCAUCUUGCGAAUCAACAUCCAUCUUCAAGGCUCCGUCCUCGACAGUCCGGAACUGAUGUGGGCAGAGCCCCAAUUGGAGCCUGUGUACCAGGCUGUGCGGAGUUACCUCGAGAUGGACCAGCGAGUGAGUCUCUUGACGGAGCGGUUAGACGUCAUUGCGGAUCUGCUUGCCGUCCUGAAGGAUCAAUUAACUCACCGCCAUGGUGAGUACCUCGAAUGGAUCGUUAUCGUUCUCAUCGCCGCCGAAAUUCUUGUCGCGGCCAUUAAUAUUCUAGUCGAUCUCUACGCCGGCGUGGAAUAA